AUGGACUUGGAUGAGCUGCUGGAUGAUGUGGAGCAGCUGCUGGGCAGCGAGGGGCCCGCAAAGGUCGGCGGGAAGGGAGCAAAGGGUAGUGGAGAUACAGUGCGGAGCAGCAAUAAGGACGGUGCGAGCAGGGAAGCAACGAGACAACGAACCACAGCAGCAGGGACAUCUGUAGCAGUACCACAGGAACCACGAGCAAGUCAGGAACCAAAUCGCCUGCGCAAGCUUGUCAAUGGGGACGGUAACCGGGGCAGUGGUCGAUCACAGCAAGACGCACAAGCUUCGCCACGCUCGUCCACGCGAACAGCGCCAUCACAUCGCGCAAAGCCGUCAAACCCGCAUGACGACUCGGACGUGGAUACACUGCUCAUGGAUUUGGAGUCAUCUGUCCCCGCAAGAGCCCCGGCACAUCGGGUGUCAAGUCGACCACCAGCCAUCGCCCUCUCUACAACAUCAGCCCAGGGCUCCAGCUCCAGCUUGAACGAUAACGGAAGACCGACCAAGUGUGCACAUAUUGUAUUGACGGACGCAGGACAGCCUCGCGGCAUUGCCACAUCUUCUCAAGCGUGUACCUGCUCCACAUUGCGGUGCACUUCGUGUGACCACUCCGUGUGCUGUUUUGACAGCGUUCGCUGGGAUGACAAAGUUUUGCAUGGAGCGGCUGUUUGUGCCACCACUUACUCGCCACCAAAUCCACAACAACAACAACAACCACAACAACAACAACAACAACAACAACAACAACAACAACAACAACAACAACAACAACAACAACAACAACAACAACAACAACAACAACAACAACAACAACAACAACACCACCACCACCACCAACAGGGACUACUUGCGGGCGGGCGUAUGCGUGCCAAUGCGCCUGGGCAAGUGUGGCGCAAGGAAAACGGCAGCAGGUGUCACGCGGUGGCGCUCUGA